AUGUCUUCUCCCAACAACAAUAAUGCUUUCAAGCUCUCUGAGCUCUUCAAUGUCAAGGACAAGGUCGUCGUUGUCUCCGGCGGUGGCUCAGGUAUUGGUCUCAUGGCCACUCAGGCAUUCGCUGUGAACGGUGCCAAGGUCUACAUCAUUGGCCGUACAAAGGAGAAGCUUGACAAGGUCGCCGAAAUCUACGGCAAGGACGUGCCCGGCCAGAUCAUUCCCCUCCAGGGAGAUAUCUCCAAGAAGGAGUCUAUUGCCGCCAUGGUCAAGGAGAUUGAAUCAAAGGAGAAAUGCGUCUGCAUUCUUGUCAACAACGCCGGUGUCUCGUCCAACACCAUGCAGACUGAGGCCAAGACAGCUGAGGAGAUGAAGGCCAACCUCUUCGAUAAUCCAGACUCAAACAUUGAAGACUGGACCGACACCUACAAGACCAACGUCCCUCAGUGCUUCUUCAUGACCAUGGGCUUCCUCCCUCUGCUUCAAAAGGCCACUGAGCAUCAGCACGGUUACUCUGGAUGUGUGAUCAACGUGUGCUCAAUUUCAGGUAUCGUCAAGACCGCACAACAUCACUUCGCCUACAACGCUUCAAAGGCUGCUGUCAUUCACCUUACCAAGAUGCUGGGCUUCGAGAUUGGCAAAAAUGGCCUUAAGGUCAGAGUCAACUCCAUCGCUCCUGGUGUCUUCCCUUCGGAAAUGACUCAGGGCGAGAGCGGCGAGAACCAGAAAUCGGAACUUCCCAAGGAAGACUUCGAAGGCAAAGUCUUUGCCCAGCGCCCCGGCAAUGACAGAGAUAUGGGCAACGCCAUGAUUUUUACUGCCAGUAACCAGUAUUUGAACGGCCAGACGAUCGCUGUCGAUGGUGGCUACAUCUUGCAGCACGGCUCUGCAUAG